AUGGGCGCUCCAAAUCUCUACCACUCUAUACUCGUGUCCCUUCUGUGGGCGUCAGUGUGGUUCAGCAGCCUCGCAAGAGCCGACUACAAUCCCUUCUGUCCCAACAAUGCAGGGCAAAUCCAAGUCGAUUCCACGUUGUACACCGUCACCUGUGAUAUAUCCUACAUAUCUCCCGCCCCCAAGAAGGUAAAGGAGGGCGCAUCCCCCGAGGACUGUGCUCGGCUGUGUACGGCGGAGCCAGCAUGCCGUGCCAUGGUCUGGCAUUCUGGCAACUGCUGGCAGUCCGAUAAAACAGACGCCGUGUCAUUCCGUGUCCCCGGCGCUGUACUAUUGACACCAGGCAAGAAACAGGAUCCUGUCACUGGACCAUCCCCUGGCGAGGGGCAACAAAAAUGCCUCGAGGAGAAGGAGCUGUUGGCACAGGGGAAGGAGCAAUGUGGUAGAUCCUUGGCGCAGUGUGAAGCCGACAAGAGCAGCAUAUCUGCCGCAAAAACCACAUGCGAGAACAAUCUCGCGGCUGCAAACAAAGAAAUUGAGCGACUGUCUAACCCACAGACAGUCUCUGACAACUUCGUCCCUGCCCGAAAUGAUGAUGGACGGGAGGUGAUUAUUGCUGGGAAGAGAUGGAAAAUAUAUUACGCCAAGUUGAAUGAUCCUGGCACUUGGGAAGUGGGUACUCUUACUGUACCCUCCUAUAUGGAGUGCAUGAAGCUCUGUGCUUCCAAGCCGGAAUGUGUCCGUACAGCCUGGACCAACGAUAUAGUCGGUUCAAGUACAUGCUGGAUGAGAGCGCAUGGCCAGCACAUUGUUCAGACUGUUACUCAACCUUGGACUUCUACUCACCUUAUUGGACCCGCUUGA